AUGUCGAGCGAAUCACCACUACCUCAACCAGUGCAGAACGUGGUGGUUGACACUGCUUCUCUUCCAGCAUCUUCAUCGGCGUCAGUCUGGGAUCGUGUCUCGAAAUGGGUGUCUGAGAAUAAGGCUCUUGUUUAUACCAUUGCUGGUGUCGCCGUGGUCGUGACCAGUGCCGGUGUUGUUUACUAUCUCUCCGACUCGAGCCGGCCGGCUCAAGCUCCUCAACCAACAGAGAAGAAGAAGAGCAAGAACCAGCGACGCAAGGAGAAGGAGAAGGAGAAGAAGAGGGCGGAAGAGAAAGAGAAGGCCAAAGCUGCUGCUCUCCAGGACGAGAAGAAGACUGAAGAAGCUCCUGAAGAACUUCCUGAAGUUGACGAAGCUACUGUCGGACAGCUAUCGGAAGAGACACGGAAAGCCUAUGCUGCGAAGCUGAAGGCUGCCGGUAACAAGGCUUACGGCUCGAAGGACUACAACAAGGCGAUCGAACUCUACGGAAAAGCUAUUAUUUGCAAACCCGACCCUGUCUUCUACUCCAACCGCGCUGCCUGCUACAAUGUGCUGUCCGAAUGGGAGAAGGUCGUUGAAGACACCACUGCUGCCCUUUCAAUGGAUAGCGAGUAUGUCAAGGCCUUGAACCGGAGAGCUAUUGCAUAUGAGCACCUCGAGAAGUUCAGCGAGGCCCUUCUCGACUUCACUGCCAGCUGCAUCAUCGACGGCUUCUCUAACGAGGUCAGCCGUGUCGCUCUUGAGAGACUCUUGAAGAAGGUUGCAGAGCAAAAGGGUAAAGCCAUCCUGGAAGCUAAGGGCAAGAAGCUCCCCAGCCCGACCUUCGUGUCCAACUACCUUCAGAGCUUCCGUCCCAAGCCUCUCCCAGAAGGUCUCGCUGAAUCCGUCGACUUGAGCGAGGAUUCUGGCAAGGGUCAGUUGCGCAAGGGUAUGCUCGCAAUGGCGUUGAAGACCGGCGAUGGCUAUGAUGAGGCUGCCACAGCCUUCGAAAAGGCCCUGGAACUUGGCGACCUUGGUGAAUUUGAAGCUCUUGCUCUCAAUUUGAGGGCCACCUUCACUUAUCUCGAGGGCAAUGCCCAGGCUGCCCUGGCGGACCUCAAUAAGAGCGUUGAACUCCAGCCAUCCUUGGUUCAGAGCUACAUCAAGCGUGCUAGCCUGCACCUUGAACUUGGAAACAAGGAUGCCGCUGCGGAUGACUUUGAGCUCGCCAUCUCCCACAACAAGGACGACGCCGACAUCUACUACCACCGCGCCCAGCUUCACUUCAUCCUCGGUGAAUUUGCCGAAGCUGCCAAGGACUAUCAGAAAUCCAUCGACCUUGACCGUACCUUCAUCUACUCUCACAUCCAGUUGGGUGUCACACAAUACAAGAUGGGAUCUGUCGCAUCUGCCAUGGCUACCUUCAGAAGGUCCGUGAAGAACUUCGAGGACGUGCCGGAUGUCUACAACUACUACGGUGAACUUCUCCUUGACCAGCAGAAUUUCUCCGAGGCCAUUGAAAAAUUCGAUAAGGCUGUGGAGAUGGAGAAGCAGAGCAAGCCCAUGGGAAUCAACGUUCUACCCCUCAUCAACAAGGCGCUCGCUCUGUUCCAGUGGAAGCAUGACUUCCAAGAAGCCGAGAAUUUGUGCCAGAAGGCUUUGAUCAUUGACCCCGAGUGUGACAUCGCUGUGGGAACUAUGGCACAGCUCCUUCUGCAGCAGGGCAAGGUCUCGCAGGCCCUCAAGUACUUUGAAAGGGCCGCCGAGCUGGCUCGUACCGAAGCCGAAAUCAUCAACGCUAUCUCAUACGCCGAGGCAACCCGGACACAGCUCGAAGUGCAAGAGAAAUACCCUCAGCUUGCUGCACGCCUGCAGACUAUGGGCGCUGGCUUCGGUGCACCCCCAGUUGGCGUCGGGAAUAUCUGGCUUAGUACUGGCUUUGGCUAUACCUUGUUUCCCUGGAACGGAUUGGUUCUGAACAAGCCAAGAUGCCUGGCUCAAAGGUUGAAUCUUGCCUGGCUUAUACCACUCUGCCUUCUAGCCAUCGUCACCCUUUAUCCGCUUAACGUAUCGGACGUCCUUCCAUAUCGCUCCUUAACCUUCACGUCGGACUCUGAUCAUAUCGAGGUUGGCCGCGCCUCGAAACGCGAGAGUAAGAACCUCAUCCCUACCAACCAGAAUGGACUGUUUGACUCUCGCGUGAUGUCUCGGAAUCAUGCAACAUUGCGUGUAUGUUUAAACAACAAGACAGUCUAUCUCAGUGACGGCAACUCUAUGCACGGUACCUGGGUGAACGGCGAAAAGAUACGCGCUGGGGAGGAAACUAUUGUCAAAAGUGGCGAUGAGGUGAUUUUUGGAACAGAGGUUAUUCGUGGGCAUGAGACUUUCCCUCCACUCAAAGUUCGCUGUGAACACCAGUGGAUAGAUUCUGGUGACGAGGUUGUGUUGGAUGUUAGCAACAACCACCAGUCGAAGCGGGCAACUAAUACGUUCUGUGUUCCCGACGACGACGACGAUGAUUAUGACAAUGAAGUGAUUUAUGAUUCAAUCCCAGCCCCAGUAGUGACGGCUGUUGAAAGUAGCUCUGAGUCUGCUGACUCUGAUCCUGGCUCGGGUUCAGAUGACGACUCGGUCAUGGAGAUUUCCUCCCCAAUUACUUCUCCGCCUAAAGGUGGUGAUAUCAUCGGAUCACAGGAAAGCCCGAUUGACGUCGAUAACGAGCAAGCUGAACAGCCUCUUGCAACCCCAAGAAUGACUCCACCCUCAGCUGUUGAUGUCGCAGAGGAGGCCAGCAACAAGGUUCACGAACAGCCCUCCUAUAUCAUUCACAACCCAGAAAGUACAAUAGUUCUGGUUUCUGAAGAACAGUCGGUUGCCGAACCUAGUGACUGGGAGAGUGAGGAUGACGACCAAGCUGAUUCCCUGAAUGAAUCAAUGUCCGAGUCACAGUCGGAAUAUGAUGGUGAAGAAUCUGACCCAGAUAGGCUCUCCGUGAGAUUGAGUCCUGCGCCAUACAUGGCUAUCAAUCAGGGUAUACAAGCAAACACAACAUGUGGUGAUUAUGACGCUACGAAUAGGGAUCUUUAUUCAAAGGGUAAGAAAGCAGAGGGAUCCGCACCGGAUUCUACCCAUCAGACCGCGGUCAGCUGCGGAAUCAGUAUUCCUCUCUUUAACACAAUCUCUCCGAGUCUUGAUGAACCGAGCACAUCUUGGCCGGACACUAUCAGAGAUGAUGCGAACUCGGGACUCCCUUUGCAUCCGAGCGGAAAAUUAUUUGAUCACUCACUGGCUGGGUUCCAUUGCACUGCUUUCACACAGGAAAUGGAGCCUUGGCAAGCGCACGCUGCUCACGGUCCAGCGUACCAUUUUUCAGAUCACUGCAGCCCACGCCCCCCUUACAAAGAUGGUCCAUUUGUCAACUCGCUGUCCCAGUUUGUCGAUAGUACUAAUCGAGAUGACACUGUUGUCCCUACCGCUACCGCUGCUGCUGGUAACGAAAACAUACAGAGCCGUUCUAUUGAUAUUGAGAUCCAUCGAACGGAGGCGAGUGACGACGCUAAUUUGACUAACGUUGGCGUGCAAUCUUCAUCGCUUCUAGAGAAAAUUCCCGGGCCAGAGUCCGAUAUGCCCUAUAAUGAUGUUGAUCCAUCGUUGUCAAAAGCUACGGCCAUCCCUCGGCAGGGACUCAAGAGGAAAGCAUUGGAUGCAGAGAUCAAUUCUCUGGAUGCCGAUAACGUUGUUAUGCAGGAUAAUUACCCCUGUACUGAAAGCAAUUUCUCGGUGGACGAGAGACCUACGGUGGAAGAGGAUGAUUCAUGUCUUCCUGAUGCCCAGCCACAUAUCAUUGUACCCGAAAUCGGAAACGUACCAUCACAACUUACUGAAUUACCUAUUACACCCGCAUCUCAAAAGUCCGAUAGCCAACCCCUCCCUACUCCGGAUAACGGAAGGCCGUCGAAGCGGCUGAAGACUUCUGAAACGGCAAAUCUCAGGAGUCAUGCUGCUACUGCUGCCCUGGGCGCAGUGGUUGGUGCAAUCGGUACUAUCGCUAUCCUUGCCUCGCUCCCUGCGGAUUACUUCGCUUAGAAACCCAGCCGGUUACUUUUGAUACGAGUUGGGUCUCAUCUUGGCCAUUGCAUGACUUACGAUUAUGAUACACUAUCUCUCAACUUUUUUUUCUUUUUGUUUCGUUCGCCUCUUAAUGAUUGGGAAUGUUGUCUUUUGUUCUUAGGUAUUAUCGAACGGGGUUAGGGUUAGGAGAAUUGUAGGCCGGUGCAUUCGUCUAUAUGAUAUUUUGACAUGUUUCUCCUUUAGGCCAAUAGUACCAAUCAAUUCAGUACAUUGCAUGGAA